UUGUUUUAUUUCGCUCCGACUCAAUUUGGAGCACCAUAAGGGAUAAAAAGGACCAUCUAUACCCGCUGACUUGACGUCAUACCGAGUUGAGGAAAAUAACCUAUCUCCGUUGACCUGAGGCAUUCGACCUUGGGGGUCUGACAAUCGUAACCACCACCAAUCGGAACCCUUGUCUCCUCUGCCUCCCUAUAAAAGAGACACUACAACCCACAUAUCAGAUGGUGCUGCCAUUUCCAUUGCCAAACUCCAUUUUCAUUACCACACAACGCUGAACAUUAUUCAGACAGCUUUCAAGAUGAUGCCCAACAACUUUGUACCCUCAAUCUUUGCCUCUCUUCUCUUCUUCUCCUUGAUCAUCGGAACCACUUUGGCGGCUCGCAAUCUGAAUGAGAAUGUGUUGGAAUGGGUGAAGAGAGACCAUCGCCGUUUUCUCCGCGCUGUAAUUCACGUCUCCGAUCUUGACGACUCUGUUAGAUUUUACACGCAAGGCUUUGGAAUGAAAGUUGUGAAGAGAAGAAACUUUCCAGAUCGACAGUACAGAGACGCCCUCGUUGGGUUUGGCCCCGAAAACACACACUUUUUGCUAGAACUAAGACAACGACAUGAUUCGAACAACGUGUUCAUUGGGACAGAGUUUGGGCACUUCGGAAUUGCCACUCAAGAUGUCUACAAAUCCUUGGAGAAAGCUCGAGUAAAUGGCGCAGUGGUGAUCCAUGAACCCCAAAAAGUUAACAAUACCAUUUUUGCAUUGGUGCAAGAUCGCGAUGGUUAUAAGUUUAAGCUCAUUCAAAGGCCCCCAACAGCUGAUCCUCUAUGUGAAGUUAUGCUUCGUGUAGAAGAUUUGAAUCGCUCCGUUAACUUCUAUGCAAAGGCAUUGGGGAUGAAGCUCUUUAAGAGGCAAAACAAUUCGAAGGGACAGUUUGCUUCAGGUACUUUGGGUUAUGGAACAGACCAAAGUAAAACAACAGUGUUACAAUUUGAAAAAAGAAACAAUAUCUCUCGCGAUGAUGGACGAGAUGGCUACUCAAUGCUCUAUAUUAGUACGGAUAAUGUAAACAAGAGUGCUGAAGCAGCAAAAGUGGUAAUUAAACAGCUCGGCGGUAACCUAAUCAUCGAACCAGGUUUAUUACCCUCUAUCAAUGUCAAAAUAACUGGUUUCAGUGACCCAGACAACUGGAUAAUGAUUAUGGUGGACAACAAGGAUUAUCGAAGAGGAACACUUUAGAGGGAAAAAUAAAAGAUGAAAAUUCCCAAAUUUCUGAAAGAUUGAGAGUCUCUGCUUGAAUUGGGCAUGUCUUUAUUAUAAUAACCUACUACGUUAUUAUUUUUAUGUUAUAGUUAUUGAAUUUUUUUUUAAAUAGUUGUUGAUCUUCUGUUUAAGUGAAUGCAAUAAAGUUGAAUGAAACCAUUUUUUUUUAAUCAA